AUGGCAGACACUCCACAUACACUUGUGGACGGAGGCACUACGCCAGCAGACACCACUUCUAGCACAGCACAUGGAUUUCACCAUCACCAUCACCACCACCAUCCGCAUCUUGGCCACCAUACAGGAAAGAGACUGAGGCAAUUUCUGAGACCAGAUGGAAGAAAGGUACACAUUGCGAGUUCACCCGAUGAGGCCAACGUCAUGAGGCGAAAGUUGAGCACUGCAAACGAGAAGAAUGAUUUUGAUCUAGUCAUCCAUGGAUCUCCUGAACAUAUUGAAGCACUUCGCCAUACCCACGCCCACCAUGAAGACCGACACAAGCAACUACAAGAAGAACAUGGAGAAGUAGCCCAAGAAUUCGAGCGCGUCAUCCGCGAACUCGACGCCUUAUCUACCGAACUCCACAUGAUCAGCGAGCACGCCGUACAACUCGACGCCAACUUUUCCAAGUACGGAUACUCUGCUCACCUCCGCACAAAGGAAGACUCGGACUCCUUGGACUCACCCAGCAACUCCCUAUUCGAUAAGGAUACCUGGCGCGCAGAACGCAAACUCGGUGAAACAAUGCGCUUCUACCAACGCCCAAUUGUACGGCAGUACUUCCACAAAGGCCUCCUCUGGCGCGCCAAAGAAGCCCAGGAAGUAGCAUCGUACGAACUCUUCAUCGACCUCUUCUACGUCGGCAUCAUCGCCAUCACGGGUGACUCCGCAGCCGAGCAUCCCACAGGAGAGUCUCUCCUCCGCUUCGCCAUCACCUUCCUCAUGGCCUGGAAAAUCUGGUCAGACAUCGGUAUGCUAAUCUCGUGGUUCGACUCCGACGACGUCCUACGACGCUGCGCCGUCCUCUUUAUCCUAACCUGCUUACUCGGUUUCACCACAAACAUGGCCGCGGCAUUCGAACACACGUAUACACCUCUCGUAGCCUUCUACCUCGCCGCCCGCCUCUUCAUCACACUAAGCCUCUGCUGGUACGCCUGGCUGAUCCCCAUGAUUCGCGGCAGCAUGCUCGGCACCAGCGCCAUCUCCUUGAUCCCCUUCGCCCUGUGGGUCUCCAGCAUCCACGUCGCCGAGCCCGCAAAACAAGGCCUAAUCUGGGUCGCCAUCGUCUUCGAUCUCUUCGGCCAAUUCAUCAUGUUACUCGUGCAACGCCCCGGUAGUCCCAUGUCAAAACACCUCCCCGCACGUAUCAAAGCGCGGCUGGAUUUCUUCCCAGGCACAAACAUCGAGCAUAGAAUCGAGCGUACAAACGCGUUUGUGACGCUCGUCUUUGGAUCCUGCGUGCUGGGCUUGCUGUACCAAAGCAACGUCCAAAUGGGUAUCAAUGCCUUCUUCGGUAAAGCAGUGCUGGGCUUGAUUCAGGCAUUUACGUUUAAUUGGAUUUACUUUGAGAUUGACUCGUGGAAUCUGCAUUCGCAUGCUAUACGUCGCCAUGUUUUCUCCGCAAUGGCAUGGCUAUCCCUCCACCCCGCCUUCACCCUCUCCUUCGUCCUCUCAGCCUCCAGCCUCGGCAUCCUCGUCCGCGCCCACGACACCCCCUCCGCCCCUCUCUCCUCUCUUUACGAAACUUUUAUCCCCCGCUCUGAAGAACAUAUCCACGAUGGUCUUCAGUGGUUCUACUGUGGCGGCCUCGCCAUCUCACUGUUCUGCCUCGCGGCAAUUGCAAAAACGCAUUCGCAUCGUAAGAUUCCAAAUCAGCGAUUGAGUAAAGAUGUGAGGCUUGUGUAUCGGGCUGUGGUUGCGGUGGUGAUUUUGACGCUGCCGCUUGCGCAUUUGGAUAGUGUGAGGUUGGUUGGUACGACGACGGGGUUGAUAGUUAGUGUGCUAGGGGUUGAGUUGGUGGGCGUGGGGUGUUGGGGGGAGAACAUGGUGUGGGAGCGGGGGUGUAAGAGGGAUCGGGCGACAUAUAGUGCCAAGUGUGGGGUUAGUAGGGGGGAGUUGGAGAAGAGUGUGAGGGAGGGGAAGGUGGUGAAGGUUGAGGAGAUUGCGGCGAGGGAAGGGGGUGAGAAGGGGGCUGUUGGUGUGGUUUGA